CUAUUCAGUUUUAACAAAUCCAUAGCAACCUACAAUCUCCAUUCCAUUAGUGCACUACGCGAGCUUACUGAAACCCCCGACACCCGUUACCAUGGUGAGCAGCGUGUGGUUGGUGCCGGUGCUCGUGUUCGGUGUACAUUACGCUUCCGCUUGGGGAACGACCAAUUAUAAUUUCGAUGCGGACAUCUCCUUCCUCAUCUACGAUUGGACGCAAAGCAAGUUCGCGCAGCAAACCACCGCCGAGACGAACUUUGCCACGUUCGGGUGUAAGCCGGCGGAACCGUUUGUGGUCGUGGUGCACGGCUGGACGGAGGGCUGCAGCAACACCCAGUGGGUGCGGGACACGCUCAACAACUUCAUCAUCCACCGGAAGGGGUGCAUUCUCUGCCUGGACUACAGUGUCAUUGCCGAUGGGAACGAUUACUUUACCGUCGCCAAACUGAUGGAACCGAUCGCACGGACGCUCGAGAAGAAGCUGCGCCAGCUGUUUACGUUUGGCAUUGCGCCGGCUAGCGGGAUGGUGUACGGGUUCAGUCUUGGAGCGCAUGUCGCGUUCCAGGCCGGGCGCAAUCUUGCCCCCCAAAAGCUGGGUCGCAUUGAUGCUUGCGAUCCGGUGGGUAUUGCUUUCGACAAGAACGACACGUACACGGCACUGCGCGUAACGGAUUCGGCCACCGAGGUGCAGUGUAUACACACGAGCAGCGAUAUUGGGACGACUCGGCGCGACUGCCACAAGGACUGGAUCAUGGGCUACUGCGGUUGGGUGCAGUUCGCUGCCGGGCUGAAAACAUCGCACGAGCUGUGUCCGAUCUUUUACAAUGCGGCGUUCUGGUUCGACUUUAAGGCGGUGUACAAUCCGUACGUGUGUCCUACGUCGCGUGCCGUCAGCUCGUGGCCAGCCGGGUUCAAGAUGGGCUACUUUAUGCCGCAGGGAACCACACUGAUGGGAGACCUGUUCUCGAAGACGAUGGCAAAAUAUCCUUACAAUUGAAAUUUUGAUGACAGCGCUUGCAAUAUAGGAGGGAGUUCUGAAUAAUUAAUCUUUUUACUAAAGCACAUUAUUCGAAUUUUAUGACAAAUAAAUCAACUCACAUAAGGAUGAAUGCAUCAAAAA